AUGGAACCCCAGGGCUCUGCAUUUACAACGGCGCGGGCGGAGGAAAGGAGGAGGGCGCAGCUGACCCGGCGGUCAUACAUGCCCUCGUGGAUGGCAGACUCCUCAUGGUCAGGUUCCAUCGAGGUCCCUGAGGAGUAUAUGAUGGAGCUGCUCUCGGAGGAGUCAAACGGCUCUAUGCGCUCGACAUCCGCAUCGCAGCCGGGUUUUGUAGCGAGGACACCGGGAAAAAGCGCCAGCCCACCGCUCGCAGAGACGGCACGUCGCACCAUGUCUUCUUGGGCCGGGGAGGACUGGGACAAUGGCACAGGUGCCGCCCAAGGGAGUCUGAUGUCUCUGUUGUCAGAUGCAGUCAAGGCAAUAACGCAACGCACGCCAUGGGACCCGGUGGAUUGGGGAACAGAGAUGCGAAAAGAGAUGCUUGCGGUGCUGGUUAAAAGAUUUCUCGAUCAGUAUCUUGAUCCCGGUGCUCUGGGGCUUUUUGCGAAGGAGGUCCUCCGCCAUGCCUCCGACGCCGGCGUUGCGCAAGAGCUGCAGUACCUUUAUGUAGCCUUCACGUAUGACACGACAUGGAAGGGCGAGGAUCCAUACAGAAGGGCAGAGAAUUUUUUGCGCCUUCCGGACUAUGAGGCAUUUCAGGAGCAUUGCCUCGAGGAAGUGCGCCGGCGACUUCAUAUGCUGAACACAGACUUGAGUGGGAGAGAAAUGAACGUGCAGUAUGCCAAGAGGAUUUGGGAAGAGAUUCAUGGGGCGCAACGUGGCGCGUGCUUUGGUGGGUCCAUCACACUCUCCCUCACGUGGGUACACCUUCGUGAGACGGAGGAAAGCAAAUGUAAGAACAGUGGGAGUGGGACAAAAAAAGGUCUACCGCAUCACCUAAAGGCAGUUUGGAGUCUGCAGCAGCAAAGUUGUCGUGUGGCUUCAGCGGUGGUGCCGGGAAAAAGUGCCUUGAAAGAUGGCAUCUACGCGUGGCAACCCGAUCGUCGUGUUACUUUGCUGCUGCCGAAGGGUGCCAGGGAACACUUCAAAGACUACACCAUCCUGCUCGAGCUGCUCGUGCCCCAGGUAUCCUGUUUUUGCGCUGCCCCACGGGAGAAAAUCGUGGCCUCUGCCACCAUCACCGUUGACGAUGCCCUGUAUGCGAGUGUGGCACAACCAAACUCCCCACUGCGUCGCCCUGACGCGCGCCCUUUCGCUGAUACGCCCUAUGGAAACGAUAGUGUUAGAAAUGAACCCAUUUCCGCUCCGAGUGUAGGAAUCAAGGGCUAUCAUUUUUCUUCCGUCUUGCUUUCACCAGCCACCACCACCACCAGCACCACAAAUGCCGGGUAUCCCUACACUAUUGAGACUGCAAAAACUCUGUGUAGCAUGUGUUGUCUGAAUAAGGAACACAAUACACGUCCCCCGGCCAUCAAUCUGGAGGAGGAAGGAGCUCAAGCGCGAACAAGUAUGGAGGUUGUUACAUCCAUCCAAGAUGCAUGGAGUAAAGACCACCACAAUUCCUUCUUACGUCUGGUUGAUAUUUUGGGUGACAUUGACGACAUAAGUGUUGCAAUUAUGAAGGCAUACUGUCGCCGCUACUUGAUUCACGGGGAGCUUGAAACUGUUGCCCUUCUCAGCGCCGUUUGCACGCGCUGCAACUUGGCGGACGGGGCCUCGCGUGAGCUUUGCAUUCAUGCGUUGGUCUCGCUACUUAACCUCCGCGGCACGCUAACGACGCAAGUGACAGAGCAUCUGGUCAAGGAUGCUCUCGAGACAACCCUUUCUCAUAUAUUUGAUACGAUUUUGUCUUUGGAAGACGUCAGCUCGCCUUCAUGGAAAUCAUCUUCGCCGUUGAAACCGCAGGAGGCAGAAAAAGUACUGGAGGAGAUGAAGAAACUCCUACUUCUCUUUGACGCGAAUAUGAGCAUCGAUGAUGCCAUUCUGCAGGAGGCACAACGAGGCUCCAAACCCCUGGUGGAAGCCUUAGAACGGUUAGAUGGUCGUGUACUGCGCGAGCAUCGUCGUGAUGUGGUGCGGGAAACCGUAACCGAUCUCGCUCUGCCGGAGCUUGAGCGCCAAGGAGAUGGAGCGCGACUAACGGGUAAAGCACACUACUUGUUUGAGUUGAUUACACAGGUCACCGAACGAGGCAAGCGAGCCUUUUCCUUUGCAAAGAUGUCUGGGUCCCCCGCAGUUAUGGCUAUUACCAUAUGUCGUCUAGAAAGCAUCACACAAGCCAUCUGUGUCCCACUCCGGAAUGUUGUGACACGUAUUUUAGCCUGUCUUGUUCGCACACCCGAACCGGAUCCGCUUGGUGACACGCUUGGACUUCUUGUCUCCACCUACGGUUCAGUGAUGAGCCUCGUGCAUGCCCUCGAUAAGGAGCCUGGAACAUGCUCCAUGUGCCGCGACUUGGCAGCUUGCUUUGCCGAUUUUGUCUCCUUUUGGUUUCCUCUGUGCGAGGGACACGUAUCCGCGUGGAUGGCGAGUAUUGUGACGGGUGAGACACUGGAACCGCUUGUGCCAAAUGCGGUGCAUUUCAACCACUCCCCUGGACUUCUCCAAGAUCUGCUUCAGGCUCUACUCGCUGUUUUUGUGCGUAUACUCUCUUGGACAGAUCCUCGCCAGCAUGAAAUGUACGUGAUACAUUUUUUUACGCUUCUACAGACAAUGGGAGAGGCGUUUGUUGACGCCGUGGUUGCAAAGGGCCGCACCGCUUCGCGGUUGGAGGAGUGGUUGGUCUGCCUAAGCAAUUUGCAGCGCUACCAGAAAGUGUUGCGGGAGUUUGGGGAGAAAGACGUCACACAACAACUCAUUCAUCUAUUGGGUGACACUGAGCGUGUAGUCGAGCACCAGCGCAGGAUGAUUGCUGAGCAAACGCGCGCGUCAACGAUGGAGACAGGGGAGGAGUUUGAGCGGCACAUUGGGCAUGCCUUGGAACGGUCUGUAUUGAGUUUUCUCUCUGAUCUUACCGAUGCCGAGACGUUGGGAAAGUUUCCCGUGAUCCCUUCAGUGAUGAAGCACGCUGCAGAUUGUCUUGAUAGUUAUCUCGGGCAGCAGCUUCGGACAGUCAAAAAUAACCUUGAGGAGGGGCUGUUCACCGAAUUUCUUAACGAAAUAGCUGUGCGAUCGUAUUAUGGGGCAUUUCACUCCCUCUUGUUGCGAGAAGGUACAAGGCCACUUUCGGAGAGCCAGGUGGCGUUUCUGCUCAACCUAUUGCAAACCAUUAACCAUGUGAUGGAGUCGGUGGGAGGUGAAAGGCUGUGGGCCGACUCCCUCACCUCGCUGCAACGCAAUGAAGGCAUACUGACAGCCCUUUUGGGGCAAUCAAGUCAAGCGCUCGCCCAAAUGGCCAGGAUGGAGGAGUUGGAUAGUGUGGAACGGGCGCAAGUGGAGCUUCUUCUGCGCUCCCGCCGCGACAGUGGUGCCAAGCAUUAUCUCAUGCUCUCUCACGCUAAAUAG